AUGGGUACCCCUAGUGUCCUCGCUUUUGACACUCGGGCCAUUGACUUUGAUGUCUGGGUAGAUGACCUGCAGCUUUUCCUACAGUGCGAUAGGGCAGACGGUCUCUCCCUCUUUGACCUCACCUCUGGUGCCUCUCCUGCCCCUGCUGCUGAUGCUGACGCCACUGUUCGCUCAGAGUGGGCCACACGCGAUGCUGCUGCACGUCUUGCUGUGCAUUGCCACCUGCCUACCUCUGAGCUCACCCUCCUCUCUGACUCCCUUCGCGUAGUCAGGGACCACUUUCUCUCAGUUUGCCCCACCACCCUCACCGUUGACCUCCUCGAGAAGGCCCUCCUAGCAGCGGAGAAGAGCAUAGUCGUUGUAGGAGCCUCUCGUGGUGACCCUCGCACCCCCGUCUUUGAGGGGUGUUCCCCCCUUUUGCCCUCUGUUGCCUCUGCUACAGCGGCCAACCUCGUUGGGCUUGAGUCGGUCGGUGCGCGCCAGCAGCAGCAGCAGCAGCGCACUCGUGACAUCCCCUCCCCUCAGCAGCUCCGUGAGUGGUACACUGCACGCCAGCGGGGUGGGGUUACUGGUCCGUGCACCUAUGUCCUACGCACCGGCGACCGCGCGGGUGAGCAGUGCGGGGGUGCGCACUCCACCCAGCGCUGCUUUGGCCGCCUGACGGACGCUUGGCGUCACCAGUUCCCGCAGGCCACGGAGAUCCCUCGCUGGGGUGAGCUGUCUUUGGCGGGAGUAGUUGUCUUUGACCUUGACUUUGAUGCUAUUCUUGCUGCCAUGUAUGCUGUGACUAUUAGUGAUAAGGGUGACUGUUACCGGUGUUUUCCGCCCGACCCGGGCAUUGAGACUGCCGCUCUAGGUACUGGUGAGGCUGCUGCUCUAGGUGCUAGCGAGGCUGCUGCUCUUGGUGCUCGUGCGUCUGCUCCCUCAGGUGCUGCAUAG